UGCAGCAUAGAACUUUUGACUGAUCUAUUUUUGUGUCAUGAGCGAAGAAAAUGUCACUACUUUAGUAAAUAACCUUGCACACAUUUAGAUUAUUGUUUAUUUAUCCUAUUAAGUUUUUUCCUUUUCAGGGUGCUACUUAUAGAUAAGCAAGCAAUGGAAUUUUUGUUUCAGGGAAUGAAUGAAGACACAUCUGACUGUCCUUUUGAUGCAAGUGACAUUCAGAGAUUGUCCAUUUCUGAGGAAUAUCAACAAGCCCACAAGCUUUUCAUUUUCUUCAGUGAAUUUCCCUGUUCCUGUUCGAGGAGCCAAAGGUCCAAUUUUUGAAGAUGGGCCAAACUUUGGCACCGCAUUUAAACUCUUUCAUGGGAAGGACGGGGUUGUGCCACUGUCAGGUAGGUCAAAUAUUUGUACUGAAAAACCAGAGUCUGUGCCUGUACCGCCGUUCAACCCCCUGGCAGCACACACUGCAACCAUUAGUUUGGCAGCUUUUGGUCCUGAAGGACCAUUUGGCUUUUAUUUCUUUCGCGACAAGUGGAAGAAACAGCAACAGAAAUCCAAGCCAUCUAACAAGAGAGAACCUUCUUCUAAGACUGGAAAUUCCUCAAAGCAUGAAGCGCUAGGAAAUGAGUGGUUAGAAAGUGGAAACUGCCCAAUUGCAAAGUCUUACAGAGCUGUGAGCCAUGUCCUCCCCCUUGUGGUAACAGCUCUUCAGCCACCACCUGGCCUGAAGCUUAGAUGCCCACCUGCUGUUGUUGCUGCAAGGGCGGCCCUGGCUCGGACUGCCCUGGUUAAGACCUUGCGCCCUCAGCCACUACCUGCAAAAAUGUUAGUGAUUGCUCUCUUGGGGAUGGCUGUUAACGUGCCUUUAGGCAUGUGGAAGGAGCACACUCCAAAGUUUUCAGUAUCAUGGUUUGCAGCAGUGCAUGCGGCUGUGCCGUUCAUAGUGAUGCUAAGGAAGUCUAUCAUUAUGCCCAAAACAGCUAUAGCUUUGACAAUUGGAGCUUCCAUCUUAGGACAGGUUAUCGGAUCAAGAGCUGAGCAGCAUCGGCUCAAAGCAGCGGCUGAUAAGAAGGUGCCAGCUGAGACAACAAUUGAUUGUGGUGCUGCAAAGCAGGAAAAUGACAUUCCAGGUUUUAACUGUGGUACACAGGGAAUGAUGUGGGAUCAACUUCCUGCCAAGGUUAGUCGACCUGCUUCUUCGUCAACCAAUGUCUGCUUUUGAAUCAAAGGUUCGGAGGCUGAAAUAAGAAAUAGACUGUAAUCAUCUCUAAGAUCAGAUCUUUACUCCAUAAAAUAUGAGCAUUCAUAUUUUAUAGAUAUCGAAUAACUGUCCAAAUGCAUUUCUUACAUUAGAAUGAACAAAAGGAUGUUUAGCUUAUUUUAUAAGAAUUUAUAACAUUAUUCAACU